CCGCCCUCCCCACCCGAGCCGGUCGGGCAGGUUUGAGGUGCAGAGGCGGCCGGGAGAGCGCUGGAAUCGCGCAGGGUCUCCUGCAGAGCUGGGAAUCCAUGGAGCUGGAAUCCCCCAUGGCCCCACACCCGUGCCCGAGGUGAAAGCUGAAAGGACAGGAACUUUGUCCCCUCUGAACACCCCAAGUGCAGGCAGCCGUGUUACCAGCCCCCAGCUGCAUCCCUGGCAGUGUGGAACUGAGCACUCUCAUGGCUGCUGCAGACCCUGUCCCGCCCCCUGAGGAGGUGGCUCUGCUGGAGCUGGGCAAGGUGGCCCUGGACAAGGUGCCACCAGCCCCAGAUGAGCACCUGGGGGACCCUGAUGCCACCCUGCCGUGGGACCAGAGUCAGCACAAUGCCCGGGGCCAGCCGGAGCUCGUGGAGACAAAGAAGCGCUCGAGUCCUGAGGGAGGCCACGAAGACCCAGAGGAAGCUGUUCCCACCUGCCCCACAGUCGAGGCCGAGGAUGAGGAAGUUCCCCAGCUGCCCGUGAUGGCAUCCCACGUCUUUGUGCCCAUUGACCCGCAGUGCAUCGAGCAGAGCCCCUUCAAGCAGAAGCAGCACCCGACCCCAUGGCCCCGGGAGGAGGGCAGGGGGGAUGUUCCCCCCAGUGUCCCCUCCAGCGACAGAGCCAGCAGCCUUCACCACAAGCAGGUCUUCCUCCCCCUCGGCCCCUCACGCUACAGGAGCCCACCGGGCUUUGAGGGGCGCAUGGCCAAGCCCCUGGCUGAGGGCUCGCAGUGCCCGUGUGCCAGGGACUGUGGCACUGAUAACCUCAAGGCCGUGGCAUCGGUGGCAGGGGCCCUGCUCCUCUGCCCUUGCCUCAUCUAUGGAGCCUACAUCUUCCUGCCCUUCGAUGCCCCGCUGCUGCCCACCGUCAGUGCCCGCCUGGUCUACACGCUGCGCUGUGCCACCUUUGCCACCUUCCCCAUCGUGCUGGGAAUGAUCGUCAGCGGCAUCUCCCGCCUCUGCUCCUCUGCCCUGGAGCCCUUUGGAGAGCUCCAGCGGGAGGUGGAGAUCCACCGCACUUACGUCUCCCAGUCCGUGCACCUCUUCAUCCUCUACUUCUUCAACAUGGCCGUGUUGGCCACCUACCUCCCACAGGAGCUCCUCAAGCUCAUCCCACUGCUCACAGGGCUCUUCGCCAUCUCCAGGUUGAUUUUCUGGAUGUCCUACGCCAUCGGCCGCUCUUUCCGUGCCUUUGGCUUCAGCAUGACCUUCCUGCCCCUCCUGGCCAUGCUGCUCUGGAACCUGUAUGGCAUGUUUGUGCUGGAGCCUGAGAACCUCCUCUCCCUGGCACUGCCAACGCCCGAGAGCCGCUCCAAGGAGAGCAGAGCUAAACUGCGCCACUGGGGCUGA